UCUAUACUCUAUUAUCCAUCCCCACCUUAAUUUCCAUUUCAGUGGUUCAAAUUUUUCCAACCCUUUUUUGUGAUUCUCAUUUUUCUAACUCCAUGUCAUCAUGGGUUCCACAAGUUUUUAUCUCUUUCUCUCUCUCUCAUUUGGUAUUUUUAUAGGGUCUUGUUCUUCAUCAAGAAUCAUGUAGUUGCAUCAUACCCUUUUAGAGUUUUUGAGGAAUAGUAUCUUCUUUUAGCCAUGGAGAAAAACUCUGUUGAUUAUAGUCCUUUGUUGUCUCAUCAUGGUGAUGAAAAUGGUGGUUAUGUUAGAAAGUUGUCAUCUUUUGUUGUGUCAGUUACUAAAUGGACUCUUAAGACUUUGAUUUGGGUGAUCUUCUUUUUAUGGGCUGCUUUCAUUUUUCUGUUACCUUCGGAACCUGUGAAAGAAUUGUUCUCAAAAUGGCUUGUUUUCAGCCGGGGAACUUCCUUUGGAGUCACAGGAAGCAUUUUAUUGAUCCUCAGUGCUCCAGUUCUCAUAAUUGCAUUCCUUGCCAUUGCACACCUAAUCAUUUCUGGGGAGGAUCAGCUUCCUGAGAAGAAGACUUCCAAGUAUCCAAGAUUUCGCCUAUGGACUUUUCCUGUGCUUAUCAAUGGACCAUUUGGGGUUGUUUCUGCUACAGAGUUCAUUGGGAUUGUUAUUUUUUCAGCAUAUGUUAUUUGGGCUUUCUCUGCUUAUGCUAUGCAGGCUCUUGCAGCUAUGUCUGAUCAGUUAUCUUUUAGAGCCAUGAGCCUGCAAAUGUUGGAUAUUAUGGGACUUCGUUUGGGUGCAAUCGGAUUAAUGUGCUUGGCGUUUUUGUUUAUCCCGAUUUCAAGGGGAUCUGUUCUUCUCCGCUUCAUAGAUGUCCCUUUUGAACAUGCUGCAAAAUAUCAUGUAUGGCUAGGACACCUCACAAUGGUGCUUUUUACUCUCCAUGGACUCUUCUAUGUUAUUGAAUGGCAAAUGGAAGGUCGCCUAAUUCAAGAAUUAGUAGAAUGGAAAGAUAUCGGUAUUGCCAAUCUUGCAGGAGUUAUCAGCCUUCUAGCUGGUUUGUUUAUGUGGGUCACCUCUCUUCCUGGAGUGCGAACGUGGAAUUUCGAGUUGUUUUUCUACACUCACCAGUUAUACAUAGUCUUCAUUGUCUUUAUGGUUUUGCAUAUUGGCGACUUUGUUUUCGCUAUGGCUGCUGGACCGAUAUUUCUUUUUGUGCUCGAUCGGUUUCUGAGGUUCUGCCAAUCAAGAAGGACAGUGAAUGUGAUCUCGUCAAGGUGCCUUCCGUGUGGCACUGUGGAAUUGGUUCUGUCAAAACCUCAAAGUUUGAGAUACAAUGCUCUAAGCUUCAUUUUCCUUCAAGUCCGGGAAUUAUCAUGGCUGCAGUGGCAUCCAUUCAGUGUUUCUUCUAGUCCUUUGGAUGGAAAGAAUCACAUUGCUGUUCUCAUAAAGGUUCUUGGCAAAUGGACAGGGAAAUUGAGAGAAAAAAUCACUGAGGUUGAUGCACCAGAAGGUUUAUCUGUUCAGCCUCGUACCGUGGUAACAGCUUCAGUUGAGGGGCCAUAUGGACAUGAAGUACCAUACCACUUGAUGUACGAAAAUCUUAUAUUGGUGGCAGGCGGUAUUGGAAUUUCGCCCUUCCUUGCUAUAUUGAGCGAUAUUCUCCAUCGUGUGAGGGACGGAAAACCUUGUCAACCAAGAAAUGUCUUAAUUGUUUGGGCCGUGAAAAAAUCAAACGAGCUUCCACUUCUUUCAACCGUUGACAUGGAAACAAUCUGUCCACGUUUUUCUGAUAAAGUAAAUAUCAAUAUACAUAUUUACGUCACUAGAGAGUCUGAUCCUCCAUUGGAAGAAGGAUACAUUUACAAACCGAUAAAAUCUUCACUGUGUCCCAUUGCCAUGCCUAGUGAUUAUGGAAUGUCUGGUUUGGUCGGUACCGGAGACAAUUUUUGGUCAGGACUGUAUGUCAUUUCAUCUACCUUAGGCUUUGUGAUCUUACUUUCUUUGAUGAAUAUUUACUAUAUAAACCCAUUUGGUGUGUACAAAUGGUGGUACAAAGGACUACUAUUUGUUGUAUGCAUGGUUGCAAGUGUUGUUAUCUUUGGUGGUAUAGUUGUUGGAUUGUGGCAUAUGUGGGAAAAGCAAAGUUCUGUGAAGGACAAGUCCAAUAACAUUAAGGUUGAUAAAAUUGAGCAAAAUGGUUCCGUAGCUCCCAAGGAUCCAAGUCAAGACAAUAUUUCAAAGUUAACCGUCAUUCGUUAUGGUUUUAGACCAGACUUCAAAGAGAUUUUUGAAAUGAUGUCAGAGAAAUGGGGCCAUGUUGAUGUUGGUGUUCUAGUUUGUGGUCCUCCAACUCUUCAGUCAAGUGUUGCACAAGAAAUCAGGUCACAUAGUUUGACAAGAAAAUCCUACCAUCCCAUCUUCCAUUUCAACAGUCACAGCUUUGAUCUCUAGCUAGCUUGCUCCCUAAUGGAAACACAUGCAUAUAUUGUAUAUAUAUAGCCACACAUUCUAGUCAUAAGUUAAAUUAGUGAAUAUUUUUGCACCUAUAAUAUGGUAUCAAAAAGUAUAUAGUAUAAAUUAUAUUAUGCUUUGCAAGAUAAGGUGUUAUAAUCCUUAUAAGGAAUACUAAGUGGGAUAAUAUUGAUUACUCUAUGUGAAUAUAUAUAUUUAUCAACUUGUUUUUAUCAA